AGAUCCUCAUUGAAGAAGUCUAGUCAGUUCGAUUACUCAUUAGAUAUAACAUAACAAAUCUUUGAUUUGUCAUCGCUUAUCUCUCGAAAAAAUAUAGUUAAGCCGGAGAGAUUUUGCUUUCUUAGGGGGAAGGGAUGGAAGGGAUUUAUCAUUUCGUUCCGAGAUUUAAGAGUGGCAAGUCCGGAGAAUGUUUAAGAUGCAAUCGUCCCACUUCUUCUGCCUCAUUUCCAUGCUGCUUACGACGGCGAAGCUGAGCCACGCCAGCGGCGAACAGUCCAACCAGAAGAUCCUCCAGUCCAGCAUCGAGGCAACCCUUAUGAAAUACUUCGACGUCAAGGAAGACGAGGUGUCUUUUCUGGUUAAAAGUGUAAGAUACGACUUCGAGAAGCAGAUCGCCACAUUCGAUCUGGAGGCGGUACUCCACCUGGAGAUGAUAUUGAGGUCCGACGAUUCCGUCUCCGGGGAAAAGAGGAGGGCGAACAAGCCCAGGAAGGGCAGACGGAGCGUUUUAAACGGCACCGACUCACUUAAUGAAGAGUCGCUAGGUGAGGAAUCGCUCAUACCAGAAACGGAGUUGACAUCCACCAGCUAAACUGUUAAUUUUGUAAAAUCCCUGCUUG